AAAAAAACAUGUCUUCUUUGGUUAGGCAACUUUUUAGGGCACCCCUCAUCAUACGAUGUGGACUAUUAAGCCCGAUGUCGACGUCAGUCGAAGCUGCAAUUACCUCAGCUUCCGGAUUUCUUGUCCAGAAACUCGAGAAGAAAGCAGAAGGUGGUAUGCUACAUGUAACGUGGAAUAACAACUCUAUGAAUCGCUAUCCUUUUGCGUACCUCCGCGAUAACUGCCAAUGCUCGGAGUGCUUCCACGAAUCAGCCUACCAGCGAUCAUUUGACACUGUGGACAAGUUAGAUCUAAAACUUUUACCAGAGAACUACGACGUGAGGUUAGAUGGGAAGGAGAUAGUCAUUGUGUGGCCCGACGGACACGUUAGUGUGUUUGACUCAGACUGGCUGCACUCUCGUCGACUAGUCGACGCGAAGGAUGAUCCAAGCAGCGUAAUGCUCCCUUAUCUUAAUAAGGAGGGGGUAGAGUUUUGGAAUGCUGAAACAAUGCAGGGAAAAGUUCCUAAGCUCGAUUUUAAGGAUCUCAUGGAGGAUGAUGGUGCACUUUUUGAUUGGCUCAAAAUCUUACAUAGUGUAGGAAUUGCUUUGGUGGUUAACACCCCUCUGGAGGUGGAACAAGCAGAAAAACUCCGUGAUAGGGUUGGAUAUUUUAAGACAACUCACUAUGGGUAUGUAAAUAUUAUUAUAUUUCAUUCUUUUCCUGCAGUAGGUUACAUGUAACUAUGUUGCAAUAGGUCUCUAACUAGUUACGUGACCACCUUAACCCAAGCAAGAGAAGGCUCUUUCUAUCCUGUUUUGGAGGUAGUAUGGUAUAACAUUUAGCAUCUUGGACUCAUUAAAGCAACCUUUGGGGGAUGAGCGGAUAACCUGCAAUGAUCCAGUAUCCCAUACACUGGGAGUAGCAGAGUUUCAAUGUUUCUUGAGAUGAAUUUGAGAGAAAUGUAGAAGUUUGAUGAAAUGCUGUGUUACUUGAGGAUAAUAUUUCAGUUGAUAGUGGUUUGAUUGAUCCUGCACUGUAUGGUUUUCAUUGUAUCACUAGUGGUUCUAUUUUUUCCACUAAACUAUGUAAUUGAGGUUUUAAGUGCUUCUAUUAAGUAAUAAGUCCUUGUCCUUGGUUUAGGAAGAGAAAAUUUUUGUGUUAUUCUUGUAGGAAUGGAUAAAUGAGACAACAGAAUCCUUACAUUCAUUAUGUGCACCACAUCUCAUGGAAAUUUAUUUUCAGAGCACAGACCCUUUUACCUAGUUGUGUGUGAUAUGCAUAUGAUUGAAAAAAGAUAGCCCUAUAACUUUUUUGAUUCAUGUACUGUGACCAAUCCUGUUUAGAUCACUUGUUUUUGUUGUUAAAAAAAUUCAUAACUCUUGUUAGAAAUCAAGAACCUUUUUUCUUUUUGACUUGCAGGCAUUAUUUUGAUGUGAAAGCAAAAUAUGAAGCAAGUAACUUGGCAUAUACUUCAAACUUUUUGCCACUGCAUACUGACAUGCCUUACUAUGACUAUAUACCAGGGGUAAGUGUACUCAGUUUCUUCAUGAAGGUCUGGAGCCUCGGGAACCCCUAGAUUAUAUCUGUUUUAACUACUGGUACAUUAAUUUUAAUCCAAAUAGCAAGUCCCUUUAUUAAUGGAAAGAAAUGUGAUGUGGUUAGUUUGUGGGUUGUGGCAAGAAUUGGCUGUGAGAUAAGUUUGAGGGUAGGGAAGUGCAGCCUGAUCUGAAAGAGGGGCUUUGGAUGGGGCAAAGCUAAUGAUCAUUUGUUACUCAAUCCUCUUUGCUACUAUUGAGAUGUUAGACUGCAUUUAAGUCCUUUCAUCCUGUUUAAUGUUUUUCUGGCAUUUGGCCUUGGCCAUACCAUGUGGAGAUCUAUGGCCUCAGCUCUUUCUUGACAGCUUUCUGCCAUGUUGUUUCUUUUCCCUGAGGGUGUUCAUUAAAUCUACCAGGAUUUUUCCUUUCCUAUUUUCCUUUCUUUUCUUUCUGCAACUGUUGGUUAGCUAUAGUUAGUUUGCUCUGAUCAAGUUUGCAGAAGUGGGAAGUGGGAGGGGAGGUUCUCCUAUACAUGGGUUGUGCUGAGAUAUCACUCAGACAAAAACUAUGCAAUGAAAUUGUAAAAUGAUAUUGUCUAUGUGUCCCAUGGGAAUUAACUUUGUUUUUGUCUUUUUGUUUACAAUGUGCGGAAGAGGGUUCCCAUUUUUGCUGGAUUUGUCUGAAAGCUCCAGACCAUUACUUUUUUUAGUAGGUCCUCUGGGAGGCAUGGUGGCCUCAUGGUUAGUGCGCUCGACUCCGGACUGGGUGGUCCGGGUUUGAGCCCUGGCCGGGGUCAUUGUGUUGUGUUCUUAGGCAAGUCACUUUACUCUCACAGUGCUUCUCUUCACCCAGGUGUACAAAUGGGCACCAGCAAAUGUGCUGGAGGUAACCCAGCGAUGGACUAGCAUCCCAUUCAGGGGGGAGUAGCAAUACUCCUAGCUGCUUCAUGCUAAGAAAACCGGAGUUAAGCACCAGCCCCAUGGGCCGAUUGGGCCCAUAUAAAGGCUUUACUUACUUUUACUUUUAGGGCCAAAGUGCUGGUUGCUGUUAGGGACACAUGUCCAAGUCAUGUGACCUGACCUCCUCAGACCUUUUUCAUCUGACACAGGUCUAAAAUAUCUAAUUCAAGGCUAUUACACCCCAGCUGUUGUAGAUUUAAGAGCAAGAACCCCUCUAUUCGAGUCCUAACAGACUCUGCUUUUUCUUUUUUAGCACCUCUGACAGUAAUCUCUUUUUUAGGUUCAGAUGUUGCACUGCAUUGAACAAGCCACUAGUACAGGCGGAGCAAACCAGUUUGUAGAUGGAUUCUUCGUUUCACAGGAGCUGCGAAAUAAAGAUCGCAAAAAGUUCGAUAUCCUGACAAAGACGCGAAUCCAGUUUGUUGACAUUGGAAAGGACAUGUUUGGAGAUUUUCACUGCAAAUUUGCUCGACACAUGAUUGAGUAAGUCAGUUACUCCUCAUGAACAUUAUUGUGGAGUUAAGUUCAAUUGAAUGUCCAAAGUAAAUCCGGAAACGUUUUUGAUUUUCUCUUCUAUUCUCUGUAAUUGGUCUACGAAGUUAGAGCCACUUUCUCUCCCAGUCAGAUGCAAAAGUGAAACAAGUUGUGACUUGUUCCCUCGCGUUUGCUAACGCCUUUCUUUUAUACAACCCGGCGGGAUCUCAGUUGAUUCAGCAAGGACAUUUAAGUCGACUAUGCAACGGUAGAGUUCAUGGAGCGUUUUUCGAGUGAGUAUCGCAAAACCAAACCCAAAAUAAAACAUCCAUAUUGCAUAAAGAGCGGGAAAACGCGGACGACCAAGACGUGAUUGGUGUUAGUUUUGCUUCUGUCUGGUUGGGAAAGUGGAGCGAAUUUUCUGGACCAAUCACAGAGCGAAGUAAAGCAUAACUAAAAACAAUCCCAGAUUACUUUCAACACUCAAAUGAAAAUUGCCCUAUGGCCAAGCGCUUUACCCGACAACAUACAAGAACUGAUUGCUUUCAUGUCACCUUUUUGUCUCAGGUUGGACAAGAACGGCCAAAUUGUGCGUUUUGCCUUCAGCAACCAAGCGCGAGACUCUGUCGUGCUCAACUCCACCCCUGAGGAGACUGUUCAACUUUACGAAGCUUAUCUUACUCUGGGCAAGAUGUUAAGAGAACCGGCCAAUCAAAUAGAGCACAAAAUGGUUCCCGGGGAUAUGAUCACCUUCAACAACAGUCGCGUGUUGCAUGGGAGAUCGGCGUUUACUGUCCAAGGGAGACAAAGUCGGUUCCUUCGCGGCAUCUACUUGGAUUGGGAUAUCAUGUAUUCUCGUAUGAGAGUGCUGGCGAAAAAGCUGAAUAUUCCGCUAUCGUACUAA